UGAGUGACAGGCUACUUAAAGAGCAGAGCUGAGGACCCUGCCGAAGCUGGCAGCAUCCGUCGCCUUCAUCAGCAUGUCUGUUCACAGCCAGAGAUUGAAUGGCACAUGCUGAGAACACUUUGCUGAUACAGAGCAGGAGGUAGCUAUAGAUUAAAUUUCUGGUGUCAAACCUUCAUCAACAACAGAGGUCAUCAUGGGGUCAAGUUCUUCAUCUUAUGCUCCAAAAACUAUUUAUCUGGACGUGGAUGGAAAAGUGCAAAGAGUGGUUUUCAGUCGAUAUUGCAGCCCAUGUGACAUCAAGGAGAUUCUCUGUUCAUCAUCCAAUAUUACAAGAAACACAGAAAUCCUUUUGGUAGACCCAGAAGGAGCAUUGAUAUCUAUUGACCCUACCAUGCCUGCAAACAAUCCAAACAGUUUGUAUAAGGUUGUGCCUCAUUCCACAAGCCAAGCAGGAGAGAAAGAAGACAUGUUCCAGAAUGUUCUGUCACAAGUGGCUGAGCAGUUCAGCAGAGCCUUCAGAAUUAAUGAGAUAAAGACUGAAGUGACCAACAGACUGGCCAUGCUGGAGAAGAGAGUUGAAUUGGAAGGACUGAAAGUUGUGGAAAUUGAGAAGUGCAAGAACGAUCUGAAGAAACUAAGGGAUGAAAUUACCUCUAGAGGAGGAGUGAGAGUGAACUGCAACUGCAAAUACAACUUUACUGAUGAUGGAAUGAAACUCUCUCCCAGGAGAGACAUUCCAAACUACCCAAAGUACACCCUUUCUGAUGAGACUAUUGAAGCUUUGAAGAAGCCCACCUUUGAUGUUUGGCAUUGGGAACAUAAUGAGAUGCUUAGUUGUUUGGAGUAUAUGUAUCAUGACCUUGGACUGGUAAAGGAGUUAAACAUGAACCCAAUAACUCUUAAAAGAUGGCUGCUGGCAAUUCAAGAAAAUUACCGUGAAAACCCUUUCCACAACUUCCGCCAUUGCUUUUGUGUGAGUCAGAUGAUGUACGGAAUGAUCCAUUUGUGUAACCUUCAGGAGAGGUUGACCAUGACAGACAUGUGUAUUCUGAUGACUGCAGCGGUGUGCCAUGACCUGGACCACCCGGGAUACAACAACACGUAUCAGAUUAAUGCUCGCACUGAGCUGGCUGUGCGCUACAAUGACAUCUCUCCGCUGGAGAACCAUCACUGUGCUGUGACUUUCCAAAUCCUCUCCAUGCCCGAAUGCAACGUAUUCGCCAAUAUAGAGCCCGAGUCAUUCAAACAGAUUCGACAGGCAAUCAUUAGUCUCAUUUUGGGGACAGAUAUGGCGAGACGAGAGAUACUGGACUCCUUCAAACAGAAAGUGGACAACUUUGACUUUACCAAUGAGGAGCACAUCAAAUGUCUAAAGAUGGUCUUGAUCAAGUGCUGUGACAUCUCGAAUGAGGUCAGACCCACUGAGGUGGCAGAGCCAUGGGUGGACUGUUUGCUGGAGGAAUACUUUAUCCAGCUCUUUCCUCAGAUUGAGGAGAUCAUGGUUCAACCCUUGAGGGACUCUCGGGAUCAUUACGAAGAACUGAAGCAGAUAGAUGACGCCAUGUCAGAGGCACAGAAGAAGAAAACGGAGAGCUUGUCUUUGGGUGGAAGGAAGAAAUAGACAAGCUCCUUCUUUUAUGGGAUCGAAGGCUUGUCCAGCUUCCAGUUUCCUGAAACUGAGGUCUUGAAUUGUUUGGGCUCUCCAAGCACCCUAUUUCUGAAGGAGAGUGUUGGACCUCCUUCUGUGAAGUAUCAGAAUGUCCAGAAAAGUAAAUCACUGUGAGGAGAGGAGUUUUUUGUUCUGUUGUUAUUAAGUGCUUGGCCCUCGAAUAUUUUAUAUUUUUCAAAGGCUAGAAUACAGGCUAGAAUACAAUAGGCUAGAAUACAAUAGGCUAGAAUACAAUCAUUUUUGGAACUCAGAUUUAUAGCUCAAGGAUGUUGUUACAUUACAUGUUACUGUUGCGAUGUGGUACGUCUUGAAAAGCUUAUGACCAAAGUAAUGGAGUUUUUUGCAUUCUAAAAACACAUUUGCAGAGCAGUUACAGAUUAAAUGUACACAAUUUAUUUA